AUGAGGCGGAGACUGCACCGCACAGCAACUCGAGCCCUUCCCCGGGGAUGGGUGGAGGCUGGAACCUGUCCCCAGUGGAAGUGUCCCUUUAAUAGCUGCUGGCCCGCCGGCUUGGACGCCUGCUUUACCUCCUAUUCAGCUGUGGCUCCAGCUGCUGUGCUGACUCAUGUGCCCCAGCAGACAGCAGGAGCUGGAAGCAUGGGCUCCCCGGGGGCCCUGGCGGGCUCGGGGCUUCUGGAUUACAAAACGGAGAAGUAUGUGAUAACCAGGAACUGGCGGGUGGGCGCCCUGCAGAGGUUGCUGCAGCUCGGGGUCAUGGCCUACGUGGUGGGGUGGGCUCUCCUCGCCAAAAAAGGCUACCAGGAGCGAGACCUGGACCCCCAGAUUUCCGUCAUCACCAAACUCAAAGGGGUUUCUGUGACCCAGAUCGAGGAGCUGGGUAACCGACUGUGGGAUGUGGCAGACUUCGUGAAGCCACCACAGGGAGAGAAUGUGUUCUUCUUGGUGACCAAUUUUCUUGUGACGCCAGAACAAGUUCAGGACAGAUGUCCAGAGCACCCUUCCAUCCCGCUGGCUAACUGCUGGGCUGAUGAGGACUGUCCGGAAGGGGAGACGGGGACACACAGCCACGGCAUAAAAACGGGCCAAUGUGUGGAAUUCAACGGGACCCACAGGACCUGUGAGAUCCAGGGCUGGUGCCCUGUGGAGAGCGGCACUGUGCCCAUCAGGAAGCCCCUACUGGUCCAGGCAGAGAACUUCACCUUGUUCAUCAAGAACACCGUCACCUUCAGCAAGUUCAACUUCUCCAAGUCCAAUGCCUUAGACACCUGGGACGCCACUUAUUUCAAGCGCUGUCGCUACGACUCACGCUACAGCCCUUACUGCCCUGUGUUCCGCAUUGGGGAUCUCGUGGCUGCAGCUGGAGGGGUCUUUGAGGACCUGGCAUUGCUGGGAGGUGCUGUGGGCGUCCGAGUCCACUGGGAUUGUGACCUGGAUGCUGGGGGCUCCGACUGUCGGCCCCACUACUCCUUCCAGCUGCAGGAGAGGAGCUACAAUUUCAGGACAGCCACUCACUGGUGGAAAGCCUCAGGUGUGGAGGCUCGGAGUCUGCUCAAGCUCUAUGGGAUCCGCUUCGACAUCCUUGUCACUGGGCAGGCAGGGAAGUUCGGCCUCAUCCCCACGACCAUCACUCUGGGCACCGGAGCAGCUUGGCUGGGUGUGAUCACCUUCUUCUGUGAUCUGCUGCUGUUGUAUGUGGACGAAGAAGCCCAUUUCUACUGGAGGACCAAGUAUGAGGAGGCAAAGGCUCCGAAGGUGACCACCAACCCCGAGCAGACAGAACCAGCUUCUGCACCCCCGUGCAUGGCUGCCCAGGAGUCUUAGAGGGGACCCAGUCUGGGAGCCAGACACCGACACCAGAGUGACCAUGCCGAGGCUCCGGUCUCCCACUCACUGGCCUGUUCCUGAGGCCUGUAGCUGUUCCCUGCUGGUUGUGGGGUGGGGGUGGGGGCCCACCUUGGGGACCUCCUGGACAAAGCCCCAGCAGGAGUAGGGAUGGGGGAGGGGAGAAUUCCACCCUUCCACUCCCAGACAGACUGUCUCUCCCCUGACUCCAGCUCUAGCAGGAUGCUGCCUGGGGGAGCCAGAGAAGCCAGUUUCGUAUAGAGACCUGCAGGAGAACAGGAGCCACAGAGAAGGGGAGCCCCUGGGAUACCCACAUGACAGGGCAAUGGUCCAGUGGGGCUCCUGCUGUGUCUAGGUCUAAAGAACUCUCUCCCAGCCUCCAUCACCAGUGUUUUCAGAGGUGGCCUACUCACCAGCUGUCAGCACUGACCCUCCCACUGGCAAUGGCGGACUCCAGCCCUCCUCCCCCUACCUACACCCCAUCUUAGGUAGAACCCCUCCCUCUCAGCUGUGCCCCGCUGGGGUCUGUGCAACUGGAGUCUAAAGCAAGGUAGAGAGAAGCCUGACAAGAGGGGUCAGCUGCUCCCAUGUUGGGUUGCCUGAGGUGGGUUCUUACCCAACUCUGGGCCUCAUCCAUGGAAUGAGGGGUGUGUAGGAAGAUAAUC